AUACCGCACGCACCUGUCCCUGUCGCCUCCUUACGUUUCAUCGCCUCGCGAACCCACCCACCCAAACAGCCAAGUACAGUGCGCUGUCUGCAAUAAGCAUCCGCCCUUGGAUGCGCCUCGCCGCAGCCGGCCAUGGCCUCCGCCGUCGCUAGCAACGUGCACGCGGGACCCGCCGCCGCGGCCAUGUCGUUCGGCUGGCUCGGCCCGGGCCUGCCGUUCGGCGCCCGGGACGCCGCUGCGGAGGCGGAGGAGCCCGCCGCGGCGGCCAAGGCGGAGCCGGCGGCGAUCUGCAAGGACUUAAUCGACUUCGAGUUCAGCCUCGGCGGGUCCGCCACCAUGCUCCCCGCGGACGAGCUCUUCGCGGACGGGAAGCUGCUCCCGCUCCGCCCGCAGGCUACCGCAGGGAAGGCGGAGGCCGAGCGGGAGCGGGAGAGAGUGCUGCGGCGGGACACCGCGCUUGUGGCGGAGGCCACGCCGGGCCCUGUCCGGGCGCUGCACCCCGCCGCGGCCGAGGCGGCGCUGGACCCGUACGUGUUCUCUCCCAAGGCGCCCACGUGCUCCAGCCGCUGGCGGGAGCUGCUCCGGCUGAGGAAGGUCCAGACGCCGCACAAGCCGACCCCGUCCCCGUCGCCGUCCGCGUCCGCGUCGCCCGCGGUGACCCCGUCGAGGGCGUCCAGCUCCUCGGCGGCCAGGUCGCUGAAGCUGCUCCUCCUCCAGCGGAACGGCGGCCGCGCGUCGGACCUCCCCGCCGCGCCGCUCCUGCGCGACAGCUCCGACUCCGAGACGUCGCUGUCCCUCGCGUCCUCCCGCUUCUCGCUCUCGUCGUCGUCGUCCUCGUCCGGCCACGACCACGACGACUUCCCGCGCCACUCCCUCGACUCCGUCGACCUCACCCCACGCCCCCGCAUCCGCCUCGUCCGCUCCCACCACCACCAGCCGCCGCAGCCGCAGCCGCAGCCACACCCGCCCGCCGCCGCCUCCGCUCCAGUGCGCGCAGCCCACAGCCCCGCCCGCCGCCGCCAGUCUCAGUCUCCGUCGCCCCCGCCGCCGCCGAGCGUGGUCUCCGUGGACUCCCCCCGCAUGAACGCGUCAGGCAAGAUCGUGUUCCAGGGCCUGGAGCGCAGCUCCAGCUCCCCCGCCGGCAGCGCGCACUCGUCCAUGCGGUCCCGGUCGCGGUCCCGCGUCAUGGACCGGUCCUACUCGGCCGGCGUCCGCGCCACGCCCGUCGUGCUCAACGUCCCGGUGUGCUCGCGCCCGGUGUUCGGGUUCUUCAAGGAGAAGAAAGAGGCCGCGGCCAGGGACGCCGCCUCGGCGCGGGCGCGGUCGGCGCUGGGCCGGAAGACGGCUGCGCGCACCGCCCCGCCAGCCGGCGUAGCGAGCGCCAGAGAUCUUGGCAGUGGUAACUGACAUCCGUCAUUUUGGUGGACCAAGCGGUCUAGUAUCAUUAGCACUAGAAGUAGACGGCAUUUGGAGUUCUUCAGUCCGAAAAAAAAGAAAAUAGAUCGAAAAAACAGUUUGGGAGGUAUCCUGCGUUUGGAGUUUGGGACACGAUUGGGUGGGAGGAUAGUUUGGUGAGCUGAUUUUCGCUUCGUGAGGCCAGAGAGUUUUUUUGCGAUCAACAAACCCGUCCGCUUUGGUCCUGUAAAUUCUGUCCGCCGCGUGGUUUUUUUUUUGCUCCGUAUUAAUCCACUGUACUGGCACAUUUGUUGA